AUGCGACCCAAUCUCUUGUCGGUCGAGGCAGCGCUGCUUCUCGCCCUUCCUCGACUGGCUUGGGCAGCUACCAGAAAGUUUGAUUUUGAGAUUGGCUGGGUCAGAGCCAACCCCGACAAUGCUUUUGAGCGCCCAGUCAUUGGAAUCAAUGGGCAAUGGCCGAUUCCUACUAUCGAGGUUGACAUUGGUGACCGGGUUAUCAUCGAUGUGCAUAAUAACCUAGGAAACCAAUCUACUUCGCUGCACUUCCAUGGUCUCUACAUGAAUGGAAGCACACAUAUGGAUGGCCCUGCCGGUGUCAGCCAGUGUCCGAUUGUUCCUGGGACAAGCUUCACAUACAACUUCACCGUCGAUCAACCCGGAACAUACUGGUAUCAUAGUCACACUGCAGCUCAAUACCCAGAUGGUCUACGUGGACCUUUUAUCGUCCACGAUAAAGACUUUCCGUACGAAGACAAAUAUGAUGAAGAAGUCGUACUCACGCUUUCUGAUUGGUAUCAUGAUGAGAUGCGAACCCUCAUCCCAAAGUUCAUGGCAAAGUCCAACCCUUCAGGCGCUGAACCUGUGCCUAACAAUGCACUCAUGAACGAAACCACAAACUUCACCAUGCCUGUUCAGCCCGAAAAGACAUACCUGUUCCGUGUGAUAAAUGUUGGCGCUUUUGCGGGCCAGUAUCUCUGGUUCGAGGGACACAAGAUGCGUAUCGUCGAGGUUGACGGCGUUUAUACUGAGGAAGCUGAGGCGGAGAUGAUCUAUAUCUCAGCUGCCCAACGUGUCGGUUUUCUGCUUACCACUAAGAAAGAUACCUCCAAAAACUUCCCUAUUGUUGCUAGCAUGGAUACUACCCUCUUUGAUGUCUUGCCUCCAGACCUGAACUACAACUCUACUGGUUGGUUGGUCUACGACAAGAAGGGUGAGAAACCAGAUGCAGCUACUGUCGAAUCACUGGACCCCUUCGACGAUAUGACACUUGUCCCUUAUGACAAGAUGGAAAUACUCGGAAAGCCCGACAAGGAGUAUGUCCUCGACGUUAAGAUGGACAACCUGAAGGAUGGCAAGAACUACGCCUUCUUUAACGAUAUCACUUAUACUGAGGCUAAAGUUCCCACACUCUACACAGCACUCAGCGCAGGAAAAGAUGCCGAAGAUUCUACCGUCUAUGGCACUUACACGCAUUCUAUGGUUCUCAAGAAGAAUGAGAUUGUCCAGCUUGUUGUCAACAACCUUGACUCGGGCCGUCAUCCUUUCCAUCUUCAUGGACAUGCGUUUCAAUCAGUUUACCGCUCCGCGGAGGAGGGUGGUAUUUGGGCGGAUGCCAAUGUUACAGACAAAGAUCUACCCAAAACCCCUAUGCGCCGUGAUACUCUUGUCAUCUACCCUAACGGUAACAUUGUCAUGCGUUUCAAGGCUGAUAACCCAGGCGUCUGGCUAUUUCAUUGUCACAUUGAGUGGCAUGUUAUCUCUGGUCUCAUCGCUACUUUCAUAGAGGACCCUCUUGCCCUCCAAGACACAAUCGAGAUCCCAAAGAACCACCUCGAUGCUUGCGCUGCUGCCGACAUGCCCACCAAGGGCAACGCUGCUGCAAAUACAGAAGAUUUUCUCGAUCUUAGUGGCGAGAACAAGCCUGCUAAGACCUUGCCCGCUGGCUUCACACCUCGCGGUAUUGUCGCUCUUGUUUUCAGUUGCAUUUGCGGAAUUCUCGGUGUCGUGGUCGUUGCGUGGUAUGGCUUCUCAGCUCCGGUUGACUCUACCAGUGCUGGUGCUCUCAGCGCCGGCCUUGUCGAGAACGAUUCUAGAGAUAUCCAGUCCGCGCAAAAAGGCCCUCAAGAGACAGUCAUCUCGCCUUCGGGUGACUCAAGAAGCCACUAA